CGCGGAGGAGGAGCCGUUCCCCAACUUGGUGGCCUACCAAGGGGUGGGGGUCAGGGGCGGUCUCCCUUGCCUAGUCCGUCUCUGCUGUGACUGCGAAGCCGGCUUCCAGGGCAGCCAUUGCCAUGGAGACCCUGGAUGCUAUAAAGCCAGGUAUCCAGGCGGAGGGCACCUUACGCGCCGCUGAGCCCCCCAAGUAAAAAGCAAGCGCCCCGGCGUGGCCCGGCCCCCGCAAGAGAGGAGGAGGCGGGGAAAGGCGCCGGGAGCUGGAGGAGCCGCGCGCCCCGCCAGGGCUGGAGGCAAGAGUGCAAGGCGGGCGCCACCCGCUCAGCAGGGAAGCCGGGGCUACCCCGGGUGCCGGUGAGUGGCGCUGCUCCAAGCCACAGGGGACUGAGGGGCAUCGGACACCGGGAAAAUCGCCGGAGAAUUGAGGAGGCUGAGCUUGAGCUGCUGAGGUCGAGUAGCCGACGGGAGCAGGAGCCCGGGGUAGCAAGCAACCCACACCUCCAGGCGGGAAGCCCGGAGGCAGCAGAGGGACGCCCAGCGGGGAGCAACACGGCAGCCAGAGCCGCGGGACGACCCGAGUAGGAUCCUUGGCCACAGCCACCCACGCGCGGAAGGAGCGGUACCGGAGCCCGGCCGGGGCAGCUGCCCGGUGGGGUGCGGGAACAGGGGCGCCCCCGUGCGGAGCUGUCGGGCCGCCCAGACGCGGCGGCCAGAGCCAUGCUCAAGCCCAAGGACCUGUGUCCCCGAGCGGGGACGCGCACCUUCCUGGAGGCCAUGCAGGCGGGCAAAGUGCACUUGGCGCGCUUCGUGCUGGACGCGCUGGACCGCAGUAUCAUCGACUGCCGCGCAGAGCAGGGCCGCACGCCGCUCAUGGUGGCUGUGGGGCUGCCGGACCCUGCGAUGCGCUCGCGCUUCGUGCGGCUGCUGCUCGAGCAGGGCGCGGCCGUGAACCUGCGGGACGAGCGCGGCCGCACGGCGCUCAGCCUGGCGUGCGAGCGAGGCCACCUGGACGCCGUGCAGCUGCUAGUGCAGUUCAGCGGUGACCCGGAGGCCGCGGACUCGGCGGGCAACAGCCCGGUGAUGUGGGCCGCGGCGUGCGGCCACGGAGCGGUGUUGGAGUUCCUGGUGCGCUCUUUCCGUCGCCUGGGCUUGCGCCUUGACCGCACCAAUCGUGCGGGCCUCACCGCGCUGCAACUGGCCGCCUCCCGCGGCCACGGGACCUGUGUGCAAGCCCUCACUGGGCCUUGGGGCCGCGCAGCUGCCGCAGCGGCUGCUCGGGGCUCCAACUCUGACAGCCCCCCUGGCCGCCCGGCCCAGGUGCCUAGCCCAGAGCGUCGACGACCAAGUCCCCGGCGUCUACCGCGGCCUCUGCUGGCACGCUUCGCACGAGCUGCGGGCGGCCACGGCCACGGUCAUGGCCAUGGAGGCGAGCCGGCCUCUGCUGGCAAGGGCUCGGGCCGUCACCGGGCACAAGGCGGCGAGCGGCCUGAGUUGGGCAGGAGCAUGAGCCUAGCGCUGGGUACCAUGACCGAAGAGGAGACAGCACGCCUACGGGCAGGAGCUCUGAUGGCCCGACCAAACUCACCCCAGUCUUCGGGGAGUGGGCGGUGGCGCUCACAGGAGGUGCUGGAGGGAGCACCCCCAACCCUAGUGCAAACCCCUAUCGGCCUUAGUCCUCACCCCGAGGGUGGCCCCGGUUCUGGCCGCCUGGGUUUGCGCCGACGUUCCACAGCCCCAGAUAUCCCCAGCCUGGUCGGGGAGGCUCCAGGGCCCGAGAGUGGUCCGGAGUUAGAGAACAACGCUCUGCCUUUCUCAGUGCCUGGGCCAAAGCCUUGGCAGGCGGGCACAGAGGCUGUGGUACUGCAGGCUCAGCGGUAAAGAGCACGUAGUAGGCCGGCCGAGCCCUGCAACCCCUGCCCUCCUGUCUCUAGUCCACUGAGAGAGACCUCUCCUUUCCUUCCAGGCCCCUCACUUUCUUCAGCAAUCUCCCCUGCCUACCGCCCCCAUUUUAGAACCUGUCCCCACUACCAAAGGGAGACCUCCACCAGUCCUCCACCAGGUGUAAGAAAGGGACCCCUAUCCUUUUUUGUGUGUGUGCUGUUUGGUAUUCCCCGUGUAACUCUCACCUUCCCACCACCUGACUUGUUGUCUUGGAAAAAGAGGUGUGGAGGGUAGAUUGUGUAGGUUACACCUUUUUAAACAGAAAGGUGGAUCCCCAGCCCCAGCCUUAAGGGGUUAGCUGUCCUGGUUCUGCCUGGGCUCCUAUCAGAUCACCUUCCCUUUUCUGUUUCCCAUCACCUUGAGCAGCCAGGCAACUGAGCAGAGCUAGCCUCGGAGAACAAAGGCCCAGACUGCUGUGCCUACUGAGGCUGACAAUAAUAUUUUGACAAACUACCAAAGUCUCCCUUCCCUGUAAGUGUUAGACAAAGGGAGGAAUGAAGACCCCCCAGAAGCUUUCUGAGCAAGAGGGCUGGUUAGGGAAGCAUCCUGUUAAGUUUUUCUGAGGUAGAACCUCCUGCUUCAAGACAAUGAAAAUAUUUGGGGACUUCUACCGUUUCUAGGUGUUGGCCACCAGUUGUCCCUUCUGGGUAAUAAACUCCCUCUGCCUCUGUCUCAGGCAGAGCCAGGAUUCAGCUUCGUUGACAUUGUGGGGUCACUGCUCCCCCAAACCCCUCUAGCAACUCCUGGGUCAGUUGGCCCCUCAGCGUCCUUGCUUUUGAAUUCCAUCUUUGAGAUUCAGUGCCUCACUCAUCUGGCCCAGCCACAUAUUUCCACUCAAUCCCAGAGGACUGAAAUGGAAAGGACUUAGCACUUCCCCGCCCCCACCGCCUCCCAGCUCCUCUGUUCUGCACGUGGGUGCUCCUGGAGGGUGGAACAUUUUGAGAAGGCUUUGCUUAAUUGUAUUUCUUCCAAUCCUCAAAGAACUCGUGUUUUGAGUCUUUGAAUAUGAGGCAGAAAGCAGCAGGUCUGAUCCGAGGCUUAAGAGCCUGACAAUAUCUCUUUAAAUAGAACCUCCGCGAGGGGGAUAAUUGAC